GAUGCUAUUCUUAUUCAAUGACAUGUAAAUGAGUGGCCGGGUAUUCUGAAGUUUAGCCACAUGCUUCAUUUGGUACGUGUAAUUAGGAGGCCAUCGCGUGCGCAAGACGACAUUAGAAUUUGGAGACCCUUUCAGCGAAUAUAACCUUGAAUUCAAAAGAAGCACCAAGAUAAACAAUGAUCAAAUCCCUCCAUCUUAUCAUGAUCUUUUUCUGGGGCUACAUUUUGUUCGUGCGCGUGCAAUGUCGAGGCACUCUCGGAAUUCUUAAUGAAUCAAAGUUAUCGAAACAUAAGGAACUCUGUUUUAGGAGAUGUGACAUUGGCUUUCAAGCGGAUGACAAGGGAAUAUCGAGUAAAAAGAUCUUUGGUCGUCGAUCUUGUUACGAAAGGUGUCUUCGUGAGGACGUAGACAUGAACUCGGCAAAAAACGAACUGAGAGCUUUCGCUGAUGAGCAGAAGAUGUCCUUCUUGAAAAGAAUCAGGCGCGUGGCUGGCAAACCAAAACCUGGCAUAAUGUAUGGUGCAGAAAAUUGCACUACUGGCAGUGCAGAGAGUAAUUCGAAUGCCACGGUUGUUGGCGGCCUUGGUAUAGUGUUCCACGAAAUAGAGGACACGGGAAGAUAUCAAGGGACUGUAACGUGGAAACCCUUACAAAAUGUAAAUGGUAAUUGGACCGGAUACAAGAUAUUAACCCUCUAUAGACCGCUCGAUAGUCCGUCCAAUUGUUGUAACAUUUUUGAAUGUGAUGUGGUUGAUAAGAAUGUCACGCAAUAUAACAUUUCUAAUUCUUCCUAUGGCAUAGAGAACAGUACCCAAGUAAACGUUUUGGUUGUUUCCUCUCCACAUUUAAAUAACCUUUGGGACGUAUUUACAUAUGAACAAUUGCCAUGCAUACUUCCAAAGCACGCCAUCCAUGGAUGUGGGGAGCCAGAUGAAGAGGCAACUUUGCCGAACUCUGGUAAGAAGCCAAAAAUAGUCAUCUAACAUAAGAACGGUGAUUUAAAGGAUAACUUUAAAAAAAGGAUGAAUUUCAAAUUAUUAACUGUCGGUUUUUAUUAUUUUUAUUUAGAUGGCAUUUUUAUUCUCUUAUGAUUUUAUGUAGAGCCAGUCAGAGGAAAUAUUUAUUCUGGUUGUAAACGGGCAGUUUUUAAUUGGCGUAAAGCAAUGUGGUGGACAUAGGCUGGGAAUGAGGUUGAGCUUUGGCAUCGAGUGUAUUCAGACUUGAACUGUUGGGUAGUGCAACGCUGUUCAAGGGUCAGAUUAAGAAUAGCGGAUGGUUUUUGUCCAAACUAAGGCGCUCGAAGUGCUUACUGAUAUACACGCUGUUCGUGAUAAAUGUCAAGCGCCGUUUUCGAAAUAGGCCGCUUUGCGAACUCAAAGAUACAUGCCAAGAAUGCAAAGAGAACUUAAAUGAAACUCAAGUUAACUCACUUGAAUUUAUUAAUUUAUUAAUUCUUGUACAAGCAGGUGCUAUGUUGAGAACUUGUGAAGAGUUAAAAAUAAUUAUCGAAAACGAUAUUCAUCAUCAUAGGGGCCAAAAUGUCUUGGGCAUGUGAGGUGCAGCCGAUUGAGUCCGCAAUAUCGUCGUCAAAUAAAAACAAUUCUUUCAGUGCGUGACACGUUGCGUGACACGUUACGCGAGCGGCGUUGUCUGUGCUCUUAUCAACAACGACAAAUUGACCGAUCAGAUCGCGAAAUUACUGCCAAUUCCAGCCAAAAAUAGCUUCACUACACACCAACACAGUGCUGACAAAACUUUCGGACCAAAGGAAAAAUAGUAGGCUUUUAAGCUAAAAUUGAAGAUUAUUCAAAGUUAUUCUCUGAACUGGUAGUGUUGUCCAUGAUUGCUUGUAUCUACCAGUGUUAUAAGUUUCAGACUAUCCUUUGAUCCCUUUAGAUAACGGGACCAGCCUGGCCCUUAUAACUGCCUUAGUUACCUUGUGCGUAUUCGCUAUGGCUUUGUUAUUGAUAGCUUUGCGUUAUCGUCGACACAAAAUGUACCAACCUAACAGUCUUGCCAAUCCUCUGACAGGUCUGAAAUUUGAGUUCGACGCAUUUGUUAUAUACAGUUCACAUGACUCAGAAUGGGUGGUAAAGACCCUUCUUCCAACUCUUGAGGAAAAGCAUGGGCUAAAGUGCUGCGUACACUAUAGAGAUUUUACUCUUGGGAUACCCAUUCGGCAAAAUAUGGUGGACAGCGUCUACAAAUGCAAGAAAACGGUGGCUAUUGUCUCCACUAAUUUCUUCAAUAGUAACUACUGCGGAUCUGAGCUGGAUUACGCCCUCCACCGACUCAUGGAAAAGAAGGAUGAUAGCUUAGUUGUCAUCAAACUUGAUGAUGUUGACAGAAAUAAACUACCGAAGGAGCUACAAAAUAGGAGUUACAUAGACUAUCCAAAGUCAAUUGAAAAAGAAAUCUGGGAGAAAAAAUUGAUCAAAUGUUUAAAGGUCAACAGCUAAUUCGUAAAUUACGAUCGAGCCUACAUCAAAUCAUUACAGCAAGCAACACUCAACAAGAACAUUUAUUUCAAUAAAAACUUGGUUGUGCAUUAGAACAUAUGUAGAAAAAUGCAGUCACUGGGCACCUAAAAUAACUAAUAAUGCCGAACAAAUUGGGCGUCAAGUGUAAGUAUUAGAAAAACUAAUGUUUGCCAUGGUGAAGUGUUACUUGGUUGCAAAUAUUAAUUUGAUGUACAACUAUACUUCUGGGCAAGUGUUGACUUUUUCUUUAAUGUGUGCAGAGGGUGAGCAUAGGUUAUAUUAGCCAAUUGCCCUCAAAUCGCUAUCGACGAUCGUUGAGUCGAUAAAAAGAAUAUUUCUCCUCGGGGUAGGUAGUUGGUCGUAGAUAGAAAACGAAGAUAGUUUUAAGAAGAGUUUUAGGAAUGUUCUGAUUUUGUUGGGAAGAAAGUAUAGGAGUCGUCGUACAGGUGUCGAAAGAAUAAAUCAUGAACUCAACUUUGGAAACACCAAUUAAUGUUCCUUUCUAAAGUAUUUCUCUCGAAAACCGUUGGUGUUUGUGCAUCAGUAGUUUAAUUGAUUUUGGCAGUACCUCUACAAAGGUUCUCGCAAGGUCAUAGCCUAAAUAUCAAAUUACGAUUUAUAGUUCAAAAUCAGGCAAAAUGGCACACAUCAACGCAAAUAUUUUUUUCCAGGCGUUGGUGAAAUAAGAAAAAUAAUUAUUCUGUAAUGCAAUCUGCAUACUAGCCUUUCAGCUGUGCAUUCCUGCCUACAAACCUAGCAUAAACUUGUUGUACUCAAACCAAAUUAUAAAACUUCAUGACUUAAAACUUUUAUUAAGUACGUUUUGCUCAUGACAGACACAUUAAACGUUUAGAACCUUAA